CUUCCUGCAGCACACACACACACACACACACACCCACACACUCACACGCACACGCACACGCACACACACGCGAGACAAUACUGGGAUUUGCAGCUCUGCGGAGAGGAAACGAGCCGAGGAGUUAAACGAUGGCCAAAUUAAAGCAUCACGCCGAGCGCGUCCACGCGGGACGCGCGGAGGAGCCGCAGUGCAAUUAGAGAGGCGAACACGUUAUCCGCUCGUCCGCGCGCGUUUACUUCCACGAGAUGUCCUUCACGAACGGGAUAGAUGCGCAGGACUGAUCGUUGCCAUGGAUACCAGCACGCGAAAAUUCACAGUGCGGAGAUGGUUCUCCAUAUACCUGAAGAACAAGGCCGCCAGGAACAAGAACACGACGGGAUUCUGCCAGCUUGAGGAUGAAAGCAUACUGAAGGAGAUUGACAUCAGCAACCACGUCAAGGCGGGUUUUGAGAAAGCAGACCCCUCUCAGUUCCAGCUGCUUAAGGUGCUCGGACAGGGAUCCUACGGAAAGGUGUUUCUGGUGAGAAAGAUCAGAGGAGUGGACAGAGGACAACUGUAUGCAAUGAAAGUCCUGAAGAAAGCAACCCUCAAAGUCACGGAUCGUGUGCGAUCCAAGAUGGAGAGAGACAUUUUGGCAGAGGUCAACCACCCUUUCAUAGUCAAACUACACUAUGCCUUCCAGACAGAAGGGAAGCUCUAUCUAAUCCUAGACUUCCUCCGAGGGGGAGACCUCUUCACUCGUCUGUCAAAAGAGGUAAUGUUCACAGAAGAAGACGUCAAAUUUUAUCUUGCAGAGUUGGCACUGGCUUUGGACCAUUUGCACAGUUUGGGAAUCAUCUACAGGGACCUCAAACCUGAAAACAUUCUUUUAGAUGAAGAAGGACAUAUUAAGAUCACUGACUUUGGUUUGAGUAAAGAAGCCAUUGACCACGAUAAGAGAGCAUAUUCAUUCUGUGGAACGAUAGAGUACAUGGCUCCAGAGGUGGUCAACAGGAGGGGUCAUACGCAAAGUGCAGACUGGUGGUCUUUCGGAGUGCUGAUGUUUGAGAUGCUGACGGGAUCCUUACCGUUUCAAGGAAAAGAUCGCAAGGAAACAAUGGCUCUUAUUCUAAAGGCCAAAUUGGGAAUGCCACAAUUCCUCAGUCCAGAGGUGCAGAGUCUAUUAAGAGCACUCUUCAAGAGGAACCCUGCUAACCGUCUCGGUGCAGGACCAGAUGGAGUAGAAGAAAUAAAAAGUCACUGCUUCUUUGCAUCGAUCAACUGGAAGAAGCUGUAUAGGAAGGAAAGUAGGCCCCCAUUCAAACCAACAGUUGGAAGACCUGAGGAUACUUUUCACUUUGACCCGGAGUUCACCUCUAGAACACCCACAGACUCUCCUGGCCUCCCACCGAGUGCAAACACACACCAGUUGUUCCGUGGUUUCAGUUUUGUCGCCACAAAUCAAAAUCAGGAGCAUAGCAAGACCGUCCUGCCUUCUCGCCAGGAGGGGAACACCAUAAUCCCCAUAGCGCAGCAUCUCCGUGGCGAUGUGGCCUUCAGUGACGUUUACGACCUAAAGGAGGAAGUUGGACGGCCGGCCAACUCAGUCUACAGGAGAUGUCUUCACAGAGUGACUGCAGUGGAAUGUUCAGUGAAGAUCAUUGACAAAGCAAGGAAAGAUCCAGCUGAAGAAAUUGAGAUCCUGUUAAGAUAUGGGCAGCAUCCUAAUAUCAUCACAAUAAAGGACGUGUUUGACGACGGCCAUUGUGUGUACCUGGUCCAGGAUUUAUUGAGAGGAGGCGAGCUGCUGGACCGAGUAUUGACAGCAACAAAUUUCAUAGAGAAAGAUGCAUCAGACAUCAUUUGCACACUCGCCAAGACUGUGGAAUAUUUACACUCCCAGGGGGUUGUGCAUCGGGACCUGAAACCAAGCAACAUUCGCUACUCUGAUGACAGAGGACUCUCAGAAUGCCUCAGGAUAUAUGAUUUUGGUUUUGCCAAACAGCUGAGGGCGGAAAAUGGCCUACUGAUGACUCCAUGUUACACAGCAACAUUCAUGGCACCAGAGGUUUUAAAGAAGCAAGGUUAUGAUGCUGCAUGUGACAUCUGGAGCCUGGGGAUCCUGCUUUACACCAUGAUAGCUGGUUUCAGUCCAUUUGCCAGCAGUGCUGAUGACUCAGCAGAGGAAAUCUUGGCUCAAAUUGGCUGCGGGAAAUUCAUCAUCAGUGGCGGUAACUGGGAUCUGGUGUCAGACGCUGCCAAGGACAUAGUGACUAAGAUGCUCCAUGUGGACCCUCACCAGCGUCUGACUGCUCCACAGAUCCUUCGCCAUUCCUGGAUUGUAGAGAGAGACCAGCUCUCUGACAAAGUCCUCGCCAGACAAGAUCUGCUCACUGUCAAGGGUUCGCUGGCCGCCACCUAUUCUGCUUUAAGGCGCUGUGCUCCAGCACCAGUCCUGGAGCCUGUGCAGUCCUCAGUACUCGCCCAGCGUCGAGAAAUGAAGAAAGUUGGUGGUGUUGUCAUCGAAUCAGACCUAAAAGAAAAGGGGUAGAUAAAGGAAACUAACAAUGUUUAUAAUUGCAAUUAUUUUUCACACUUGCCUCUGGAAUUAGGGAUCCUGGUUCCUAUAUAUAAUUUCAGUGACCUUUGUCAGAUCUACUGGUUCACUCACAGGACUCUUUGUUAGGGACACUGUACCAUCUGACAUUGGAGUGACACUGUCUAAAAAUGUCUUCAUUGAACAAUAAUAACGCAAUUAUUCAAGGGUGGUGUGCACAUUGAAUUGCAAUACAUCACAACUAGAACUGUCUUAGCUACAGGGGACAAGAGGGGACAAUAUUAGAUACGUGAUGCAGGAUCUCAUAAAUAAUAAAGUAUCCGGUGAGUGUUGCAACUACUUCAAAAAUACUAAAGUCAUGGUUGAAUUGGAAUUUUUUUUAUAAAAAUGCACAUGUUCGAGGUACCUUUGGUAGCCUCUGUUAGAAUUUACAGUUGUGUGACGAUGUGACCAUUGUUUGGUCAUAUAUGGCUCAUUAAUACACAAUACAGUAUGUUCUUCAUCACAAGGUAUUCAUCUGGUAGCUGAAAUAAGUUAAAAAAUAUAUAUAGUCAACUUCCAUUUUAUUUACACACUAUUUAUUAUUUGCAACCUACUCAGUGGCCUAGUGGUUAGAGUGUCCGCCCUGAGAUCGGUAGGUUGUGAGUUCAAACCCCGGCCGAGUCAUACCAAAGACUAUAAAAAUGAUACCCAUUACCUCCCCGCUUGGCCCUCAGCAUCAAGGGUUGGAAUUGGGGGUUAAAUCACCAAAAAUGAUUCCCGGGCGGGGCACCGCUGCUGCCCACUGCUCCCCUCACCUCCCAGGGGGUGAUCAAGGGGAUGGGUCAAAUGCAGAGGACAAAUUUCACCACACCUAGUGUGUGUGUGACAAUCAUUGGUACUUUAACUUUAACUUAAAGUAUAUGGACCCUACCCUCCUUUCCACCGAAUCAGUGCCAUUUGCUUGCACACUAAAAAAUUAUCACAAUUUCAGAGCAUUUAACAGUAUUACUUCACAGUCAAUCAAAAUGUACUGUAACCUUACGACAAAUGACUGUAAAAAGUAAGUAAUGCAAUUAUGAGUGAGUCAUUUACUGUGAAUUUACAAAAACAUGUUUUACAGUGUACAACACUGAAAUUUAACAACUAAGUCUGAUAAACAUAUUGAACUCCUCAAAAUGUGUAUCGGCCCAUCUGAGGCAACUUUAUUUCAUUUUUGAACACGAUUCCUAAACUGAAGAUGGCUCAUUUGAGCGGUGUGUUUAUAGCAUGGAAUUAUCAAACACAUGAAGUACAGUGGUAUCUCAACCCAUGAGCUUAAUUGGUUCUGUGACAGAGCUCUUGCCUGUUCAAAUUAAUUUAAAUCAAUUUGAAUAGUGCUUUUAGCACCAUUAGUAAAAUGUUAAAAAAAGGACAAACUUCUAGAUAAGAAUUGUUGUAUGAAAAACAGUAAUUUUAUGAAGUAAUGUAAUAAUAAUGUAAAGCAUGUACCUUGGAGAGUGGUGUGGAGCUACUUUUCCAUCAAGAAUCAGCAGUUUUUCCAUAUUUUCAUGGAUACAUGUCUGCCAUUCAGAAAUUAUUUGAACCCCCUUGAACUCUCAAACUGCUUCACCAUGUUGUUGAUGUAUUUCUUUAAUACAUCCACUUUUUCUCAGCACCGUCCUUCCAAUGUUUAGAAAAACAAAGCCAUGUCCAUUUCUAGCUAUAAGUUAAUGUUGGCAAGUAAUACCAGAUGUUUGGGGGCGGCUAUUACGGGGUUCAGUGUGACAUUUGCCGAUGGCGGACAUGUUUGGAACUCAAAUUGUUGCUUGCAACUUAAAACAGCCGAGAGACGGCUCUUAUCUCAAAACACUCCCAAGUUGAGGUACCACUGUAAAGCCACAUGAUAUUUACUGGAUAGAAUUUUGCCAUUAAGCGCAUUAUGGUCACUUAACCCCAAAAAUAUAUUUCAAAUAACAUCACCAAAAAUAAUUUAGGUGCCAGGACUGUGCAUUUUAUUGUAUAUUUAUACAUUUUAUUUCCUGCAUGGGGACACAAAUGGCAAUUGAUUCAGUGGAAUGGCCCUUAUCUGUACAACAGUGUCAAUCACAAUGUGUUUCAUCUCAUCAGUCUUUUGAAUUGUAGCAAGACUUGCAUGUUGUAAAUGUAAAAAUGUCAACUUUAUCUAACAUUCUAAAUCAUCUGAUGGUGUGUAUUUGUAGUUGUCCUCCAUGCAGUAAGACUCUUACAAAGGUAUCAGUCACCCAUAUUAGACAAGUUAGCACUGCAGUUAUUUACAUUGAAGCAUGUUGCUUCAAACUGUGCGACAUGUAAAAGUUAUGUGGCUUACAAGUAGGGUACACAGCAUGAAUCUUAGUGUGCAAACCACAUCAAAUCUUGUGUGUGUAGUCAAGUCGCUUACUGUAGCUUCCAUCUCUGCUUCUGUGUGCUUGUAGCUUUUGAAAGCCAAAACCUUUGACAAGUACUGUCAGACAUGUGUAUACUGUAUGUUAACUAUAUUUUCCUGCAGAACUGAUUGUGAACAAUACGUUAAUGCAAUCACAUAUAAUACGAGGUAAGACCCAAGUAGCACCUUAUUGCUGUGCAAUGUAUCAGUAGAACAACAAUCAUGUUUAGUCAAAAGUAGUGACAGAGCAAAGCUGUACACAAACAAUAGUUACAUCAGACACUUGCUGGCUACUUCAUUGGAUUGUUCAUACGAAUCAAACUUAAUGUUGCCAUCACAAAGUGACCAGCCUGGAUGAGUCAAUUUGCACUGCACAUUUCCUGUUACGUCGGUGAAACUCAUGCUUGAGGUAAAGCUGUGAAUAUUUAUUAAUUUAGUGUACAUAAUAUGGCGCCAAAUCACCUGAACGAGGUUAGAUUGUGAAUUAUGUACAGCUACGAGAAAGCAUUCACUGUAAAUAUUGUGCGUGCAGACUGUACAUAUGAUGGGACACUGUGUCAUGUAUCAAUUUAUGGAUGUAUAUACUGUCUAUACCUGGCUAAUCAUUGACGUGGUUGGUUCAUAUGCCAAAGUUUUACAAAUAAAGGACAACAUUGGAAACACAGUUAUUUACAGUAUGUGUUUUUUCCUGUUUGUGAGAGUUUACAAUAUAUGUAAUAGAAAUGAUGUAGAAACAUGUAAAAAAAACAAUGUUUUGAACUCUCACACAAUCAAGGUCUUUUACUUCCUGCAAAAUAUUCUAACGGUAAAUUGUUCAUUGAAAUAAUAAUAAUAGCUG